AUGGAUCAGAAUGCAUACCUCAACAUGUAUGCAUAUAUAACUGCUAUUAUAGAUAUUGAACGAAGUAAGGUUGAAAGUAGUGGCUCCUUAAAUAUAUGCGGUACUUCUCUAAUAACUUCAGUCAUCAUGAACAAGUCAUGCUUAAGCCUUAGCGAGUUUCAAACCGACCAGUACAUAGAUAUCAAAGAAAGGCUUGUGGCUUUGGAAAAGCUGUUAUCAGAUCCUUUUUCGGAUUGUUAUAUUGAACGGCUGCUUGAUAUAGUUGUGGCAUGCGUUACGGAAUGUACAAAAACAGUGAAAAGUGUGAAAAAUGAAAACAUGCUAUCUUUCUUACAAAGGUAUCUCAACAUAGCAAUGUGUUUGCAAUCAUAUCGUCGUAAACCUCAAGAUUUUUCGUUCAUCAGUUCUUUGGGUCAUGGGGCUUUUGGUCGUGUUCAACUCGUACGUGAAAUUACAACUGGUCGUGUAUGUGCAAUGAAAGUGUUGAAGAAAUCACGUAUGCUUGCACAACAUACAGAUUAUUGGGCUGAAAGGGAAAUUAUGUCACAUGGCGAAAGUCCAUGGAUUGUGCAGUUGUACUAUGCCUAUCAAGAUUUGAAAUACUUGUAUAUGGUUAUGGAAUAUGUACCAGGUGGUAAUCUUGUCAGUUGGAUGGAUGAAGUGGAAUACAUGUCAGAGGCUGCUUGUCGGUUUUAUGCAGCUGAAACAAUUCUUGCUUUAGCGGAUCUACAUGCAAUGGGAUUUAUUCAUCGCGAUUUAAAACCGGAUAAUUUAUUGUUAGAUGCUGGUGGCCAUUUAAAAUUGGCCGAUUUUGGAACUGCUGUACGCGUGGAUCCAGAAACAUCAUUAAUUCAUUGUGAUGCAGCUGUUGGAACACCAGAUUACCUUAGCCCAGAAGUUCUUUUGUCACAGGGCAUUGGUGGUGGAAGUUAUGGAUUCGAAGUGGAUUGGUGGGCAUUAGGCGUCGUUAUUUAUGAAAUGCUUUAUGGUGUUACACCGUUCUACUCAGAAACGCUGGUUAAUACAUAUGCAAACAUUAUGAAUCAUGUAAAUAGUCUAAAAUUCCCUGAAAAUGUCAAUGUUUCUGAAGCUUGUUUGAAUUUUAUGAAAAGUCUUCUUUGUGAUCGCACUGAAAGACUAGGGAGUCAAGCUCACUGUUUAUCCGAGGUGGAAGACUGGUCAUCCGUAACUCCACAUGCAUUAACAUUCUUAACGGCUGAAAGCGUGGCUGAAAGUAUAGUACCCAACGGUUCUCGUAGACUUAUAUGCCCAAGACCAUUUGUUGAUUCAAAACCACGCAUUCAUCAGUGGUGUUGGCUUUUGUGUCCCCCAUCAGGAACGAAUUCAAAGCUUGUACAGGAAUGGAAUUAUAAAUUCGAAUUGGAAACUAAAGAAUUGGUUGGAUUAUUUUCUGAAUGGCUUCGAGCUCCUCGUGGCCUUGGAGGACUGACAGAUGCAGUUUUAUCCAUUUUGGAUUUUUCAAUUUCGACUAUGAAAAGUAAAAAUAAGCAUAAGAAUUCUACCCCUUCAGGUAAAGAAAAACAACAUUCUCAAGGAUCAGGUUGUAGCAGUGUUGGGUCAACUGAAGUUGAUUCGGAACCCGAUGAAUGUCCCUCCGCCACUUUACCCAACCAGAUGGAAACUUCGACCCUUUACAAGGAGGAAAAAGCAGAUUUUCAAUCACAGGAAGCUGAACGUUUUUCACAUCCAUGGUUGCCAUUUGUCUAUCAUAUACAAGAUUAUUAUGCUGUGGUCGGGCCGUUACGCUCCGCUCCAAGUGCAUUAAAUCAUGAAUUAAUAUCACUUAACUCAUGUCGUAAUUGGUCUGGCCAUUCCAAAGCCAGAGAUCAUCCUUUGUUGAGAUUGGAUCGUCCUAUGUUUGUUAGUUUGUCGGAAAUUGUCCGCGAUGCUGUGGCUUGCUUGCCCAAUGGGGAAGGCACUCGUGCAGAUAUUACUGUACUUGUACAGAACAGUGGCUUUUUAUUACCGAAUACUAACCCACGCCAGUUGCAACAGUGUGUCAGUUCGGCGUUGGAUCGUUUGCAAGGAGAAACAUCUGAUCCAUCGGUUUAUUUUAACAGCGAUCGUCGAAUGUGGAUCUAUCGUCAUCGAAAUCGGUCUGUUGAGCAAUUUGCUGAACUGCAUGAAGCCAGAUGUGCUGUCUAUGAAACUAAGAAAAUUAUUCAACGCGGUGGUAAUGCGACCUCUGUGAAUAGUAUUAGCAAACGUCCAAAUCAGUUUAAUCCUGAAAAGCAUUCUGUUUACCUAAGUAAACACAAUAGCUUACGGGAUAGUUCUUCUAGAAUCUCUAGACGAUAUCAGUGUAGUGGAGGAAGACAAAUCCAAUCAGGAUAUGUUAGUCGAGAUUAUGGAUAUAUGGAAUUAAGUGGUGGUUAUUCACUGAAUGAAGAUGAUGAUCAUAUCCCAGAUAUUGAAGAAUUAGAGGCAGCUGAUGAAAUCAAUAUGACUGAAUAUAGUUGUACAUCGGCGAGUGGUUCAAUGGAUCCCUAUGAAGUUGAAGUUCAUGAAGCUAAUAAUAACAUGGUUGAUGAUGAAGGUGAUAUAGAUAAAGUGAAUUAUGAAAAUGAAAUUUUGAGUGAUUGGGAUGAUGAUAAAUCUACCGACCGUACGGUCAGUUAUCCUACUAGUCAACAUGACAAUCAUGAUUUGACUAAGAGAGUUAGGUACUUGGACCCAUUCCAGUCAAGAAGUCCAACUUCGUUUAUCAUGCCAUCACAUAAUCGUUCGCAGGCAACCUCUGCUCAUAAUGAUACAAAGCAUUCAAGAUCUCAAAACUCUGCUUUUUCAUCUGAUUCGAAAAGGCGGUACACAAAUUAUGAUGGUAGUGAUGCUCAGUUUGAAGAUUAUGUCAUUGACAAUGAAGGGAUUGAUGAAGAAUAUUUUUAA